AGGCAUUCUUGUGCCUAUUUGAGAACCCACUAAAAAUAGUGCAGAAGGAGCAGGCUAUGUGUACACAUGCUCGUGUCUGAUUGGAAAACAGAGCCUCAAUUCAGAACUGUGGGGCAUCUGUCAAAGAGGGACGUGACCUCUUCCUUGGUAAGUGCACUGCAUUAAAGGAUACUGUACAGAGCAGUGAUUUUAUGUUUUAUACCGGUAGCGUUUGGCCUCAGUUAGCAUGUGCGUUGUUCCUUUGCAGCUGCCUUUCUACAGUGGCUUGAAGGAAUAAAAAAAGAAGAAAAAAUUUCAGGGGACUAGAACUUUAGCGCACAUUGAAAUGGGUUCACGGCGGACAAUGCCACGUUCCCAUUCCGCCAAUGGAAGAUUCGGCCACGGGAAUGGAAUCACUGGCAAUAGCCGGGCUGGAGGCUGCAGCUACCUCUCCAGCGUCAGGCCAGAGAACAGGAGUACACUGUGCAGCGUGAUAGCUCAACUGACACAGGAAACACAGCCCGCCUUCUUGACCACUCUCAAGUCCAAAGCUGUGUCAGAGAGCUCCAAUGUCAAGUUCUUCUGUGUGGUGACGGGUUAUCCUAUUCCUCAACUUACUUGGUAUAAGGAUGACAAACAGUUGGACAGAUUCUGUGGACUUCCCAAAUAUGAAAUAUUUCGCAACGGGCAAACGCAUUCUCUGCAUAUUUACAAUUGUAGUUCGGAGGACGCAGCCAUCUACCAGGUAUCGGCCACUAACACCAAAGGCAUCGUGUCGUGCUCCGGGGUUCUGGAGGUGGGUGCAAUGAACGAGUUCAAGAUCCACCAGCGCUACUUUGCCAAAAUUAAGCAGAAAGCGGAGAGCCGAGGCAAAGAAACCGAUGGCAAGGAGAACCAGGAACCAAUUCGCAAAAUCAGCCCCGAACGCUCGCAGAGGAAGCGACGCUCCACCACGGAGGUCCGCCUGACCGUACCCAGCUCCACAGAGGAAAAGGUCACAGAGGAGUUCAUUGAGUCAGUCUGUGAUGAUUCAAAGGUGAGGUUGGAGAAACCAGCGGAGGAAUUGGUGGGAGAGAAAUCGGCACCCUUGACUAAGACUUGUACGAAAACAAAUAAUGAGAAUGGAAUCCUUGGCGGCAUUGACAAGACUCCCUUUGUCCAGAAGAAGAUCAAGAUUUGCCCCAGAAGUGAGAAGAAGCCUGAGGAACCCAUGGAAGUAGAGAGUUGCAGAAACAUUGCAGAACGUCAAGACAGAGCGCCUUUUGGAAAAUUGUUAAGGAAAAAAAGUUCGGAGGCACUUCGAGCUCCGGAAGGUGCGAAGAAAGACAAGGAAAGUGUCUUUAAACGUGAUGAGAAAGUGUCAGAGAUGGACCCUCGCAGACCCUCCAGAUUUCGAAAUGCACCACAACCCCAACAGCCCUCGAACCGAGUCAUCCAGCACACAGCUGAUCCUGGAUCAGUGGAUGGGAUCCUUAAGAAGAAGGGUCCUUCACCUGACCAGACCUCAGAUCAGCCGCCGCAAAAGGAAACAAAAGUGACACAAAAGAAUCCGUCCACGCAGAAUGAGGUUACACAGGCCCCUACAUGGAUGAGAGGGAAUGAUGCACCUGUCAACCCGGAGGCUCCACCUGACCGGCGUUUGGCAGCAGCAGAUGCACGACCGCAGCGGAAAAUCCCACCGAAAGGAGCCGCUAAAACAGAGGACCCCCGCCUCCGUUUUGUCGCACCUAUUGUCAAAUCACCACAACACAGACGGCAUCAUUCCAAGGGAUUAAAGGAAAGCCUUGCGGCCCCACAAAAAUCGGAACCUCUUUCAAUUGCCGAGAGACAAAGCCAACCUGAUUUACUUGUAAAAUGCGUUGAAGGGAUCGGAGUACAAGGUUAUAAAAAGGCAGAUGAAAAUAAGGUGAAGACGUCAAAAGAAAAGACUGUUGAAUCUGUGACUGAAACCACUAUUAGACCAAAGAGUCAACAACUACAACACACCAGAGAUAAAGGCGCUGAAGUCCCGAAACCCAUGGUUGUGUCUAAUAAGGAUAAAAAAACAUCCAGUUUAAAACUCAACUCGGAAUUACAGUCUAAUAAACAAACUAAAGUUGUCAUUGCUGACCCAUCCAAAAAAACUCCCAGUUUAAAUGGACAGCAACCCACAGACGUCCGAGAAAUCCCCAAACCUUUGACCAGAGUCGUAUCUGUUGCAGAACGUACGAAAGCCCAAAUAAGGGCUCAUGACACCGCGGUAACAAGUUGUGCUAAAGACAUCCCUGCAGAUUCCGUAGCACGUCCCACUGCAGCAGACAAACUUCAAAACCUUAGAAAUGAUGAAAGUAAAAUUACAGCUCAAGAGAGAAAGACAGCACCUGAUAUCAUACCCAGGAAUCAUGUUUUUAGAACUACUCCAAAGGAACAUUUUAUACAGGAAAGCCAUCCAGAAAAGAAUAAGAUUGCUCCAAAGCCUCCGAGUCCUUGUCCUUCACCUGCCACUGAUUCCCUCAGCAUAGAAUGCCCUCAGGAUGUCAUCGCCUUGCCCGAUGCAGGUUCUUCAACGAACAAUGGCUCUAAUCCUGUGAAUCCUAAAGAGAUUGCAACUCAAGGGAGGAAGCCUGUCGAUCAAACGUCUCCAAAGGAAAAUCUUGUGAAGCAAAAUCAUCUUGGAAAGACAAGGACUUUCCCGGAGGAUCCAAGUAUUUGUCCUUUGUCUGUCAUUGAUCCCCUUAGCAUGGAAGGCAAAAUAGAUGAGACAGACGUACCUGAUGCAGGUUCUUUAAAUAACUUCUCUUCUGUUCUUGGUAAUCCUAGAGAGUUAGAAAAUGAACUGAGAAAACAAGUACCUGGUAGCACAUCUCCUCAACAUGUUGGUGAUCAAACCUCUCCAAAUGACAAUCUUGUAAAGCAAAGUCAUCUGGGGAAGCGUAGUACUUUUCAGGAAGAUUCUAGUCCCAGCCCUUCAUCUGUUAUUGAUCCCCUCAGUAUAAAAUGCAAUCAAGAUGUUGCGGCUAUUCCCCGCGCAGGUUCUUCAAAGACUUACCCUUCUGCUCCUGUAAAUCCUAAGGGGGAAGCAACUCAAAGACCCACAUCAAGAACCAAAAGUGAUCCGAUUCAAGGCAAAGAAUUGGGACUUGAUGAAAAGUUCAUCCCAGACAUUAAAUUUGAGGGGAUUAAUGGAACCACUUCCCAAAGACUGAUAAUACAACACAGUCCAACCAGUUGUUCACAGAGGGCGUUGAGAAUUUCCAGUACAAAUGGUGACGAUACACAAGAAGACAACCUUCGUAUCUAUGGGGGGUCAAUGGAUGAAGACAUUCAAGGAAUCGAUAUCUUACCAAAUUCAAAUCUCAAAGUCAGUCCUUUAUUGCAGAAGGGAGAGUGUGAUUCGUUGCUUACUCCUGCGACUCCACAAGAAUUAGCCUCAGGGGCCCGUUGUAAGAUCCUUUCAUCCAAGGACAAACUGGAGGAGACCAUCUUACCAUCUGAUCACCAACUUGAGAAGCAAGAGGUUUCUCCCCCAGACGGCACGCUUCCCACCAGUGCCGUGUCAAUUGUUUCAUCUCCAGACGGUUCCCAACGGUCACCUCUACUUCUUCAGCCCAAGGAUGAUAGCUCUUCUCCUGUAGAAAAACGUUCGCCACUGCUGGGAAGAAGGAAUGUGACCGCUGAAUCAAAUGCUUCAAGCCAACCACCCAAUGAAUCCAUCCAAAGUGAUAAAACUGAGAAGGAUAGACGGGACCCAUGCAAAGCUCCACAGGUUAUCCGUAAGAUCCGCAGUGAAAGCUUUGCAGAUGCCUCGGGGCACCUUAAACUGUGGUGCCAGUUCUUCAAUAUUCUCACCGACUCGACUAUCACUUGGUACAGAAAUCAAUUGGAGAUUGCCCGGAUUACAAAAAGUGCGGCAGAUGAAAGCCAGGUCAAUCUGGCUGUUGUUCAAGCAUCAAGCAAAGACUCUGGAGUUUACAAAUGCACAAUCACAAAUGACUAUGGAAGUGACUCAACCGAUUUUCUGCUUGGUCCAGACAUCUUGGCAGGGAUUUCUCUCCGUGAGGACCACAGUGUUGGGGAAGAGAUAGAAAUGGCGCCAUUGGUGUUCAGCAAGGGCGUAGCCGACAGUGGUGUCUUGGGCAGCAAGUUGUUUGGUCGUGUGAUGGUGCACAAAUCCUGUAUUGGCAAAGGCUGUGGCCGCAAGGUGUGGAGGGCUAAAGUCAUCUAUGGCCUGGAGCCUGUGUUUGAAUCCGGUCAUACGUGUAUCAUCAAAGCCCAACGCCACAUCGCUUAUGGCGGCAAGGAGGAGCACGGCCUCACAGACAGGAACCUGGACUUAGUCAAGCAGGACUGUAAAAUUCAGAAUCUGGCUCGUGAGUACUGCAAAAUUUUCUCCGCAGAGGCAAGAGUUAUCGAGAACUUUGGGCCUCCUCUCGAGAUCAUCCCUGUCUACUUGAUGUACCGGCCAGCAAACACCAUCCCUUAUGCCACGGUGGAGGCUGACUUGGCUGGAGUCUAUCAGAAAUAUGUACUGAUGGAUCAUACGGGGAGGAUCGAAAUGAGAACCACCUCUGAGGUCGAGCUCAAGUGUUGUGCUCUGCAGCACUGGAUCUUUCAAUGGACCAAUGGAAAUCUGCUCAUCACCCGGCUCGAAGGGGUUGAUACAAGGAUCACCAACAUUGGAAUUACAGUCAAAUAUACAGGACAUCAAGGUCUCCAAAUGGAAGGCAAGCCUCAAAUGUUUGAGGGUUUCGUCUCGCAGCACCAGUGUAACUACUUCUGUGGUCUGCUGGGCCUGAGGUCGCUCAAAUUUUUGGACUCUCUAACGGCACCGGCCAAGCCCAAAGGCUCCAGAAGCCCAUUGCUGCAGCGCAAGAGUCAAGCUCCUGGCUCCUGCAGCCCACAGGCUGGAAGGAGAGCAACCGGCAGCCCCCGGAUGCUCAGAAAAGCUGAGCAAGACGCCGCAAAGAGCCCGAACACUGCUGUUGAAGUCUCAUUUUGAAGCAUGACAGAUCACGACUUUACCAGACACCAUUCCAUGUCUUUAUGUGGAUUAUUUUUUCAAGACUUAAGUCUCUUACAUUUAAGUAUUGCAGCGAUUAAGUCAAUUAAUCAACUUGCUGGACUGCUUGACGAUACAUCAAUCUUUUUCUUACCGAGAAAUGAUUGCAUGCUUCCAACUUUAUGCAAACAGCCUGAGGAAGCCCCAGACCUCAAGCCCACCCAACAAUUUUGGGAUGAUCUAGAGCAGAGAUUUUAAUUUGUCGAAAUAAAACAUAUUCCCAGAUGAUGUCCAUAUUUUCUUUAUUUUUACUUCUUCAAGGUUUCCCAAUACUUUUGCGUGGUUAAUUUCUGAAAUCCUGAUAUUUAAUGUGUGAGAGACCCAACAUUAGACCAUGUAUAUGGACAUUUUGUUCUUAUAAUGUUUUAUUUUCAUCCCUUAAUUAAAAGUCAAUUUUACAAAGAAGAAGACAUACUAUUAUGGUUAUUAUUAUUAUUAUUAGUAGUAGUAGUAGUAGUAUUAGUAGUAGAAUUCGUACUGGUAGUAGCAGCAGCUAUGCUAGUUAUCUGGUAACUCCACCGCAGUGAAAAUGUCUUGCCAGCUCUUCUUGUCAUUUCUACAAUAGUAGGACUGAUUUUAAAAAUACUCGUCUCUCUCACUUUGAGCUAAGCACUGUUGCUGGUUGGCGUGAAUUGUUUGUUAUACUGAUAGACGCUCUGUCUUCUUGAUUUAGCUUGCUUCCUGAUUGGAUAUCGUCACGUUUCACGUGACAACCACAGAGUCAGUGGCUUGAGGUCCUCUGUAGAUUAAAACGACAUUCAUAAAUAUUGAACAUGUUUACCAUUAUUAAGAUCAAGUCAACUUUUUUACAGCUGGAAGCCAACCAUGCGGGAAUGUAAACAUUGCGUUGUCACAUGACACAGAUGUACAGUGACACACACACUCAUUGUAUAUUACUGCAGAACCGCGUCAUGGUCAAUGUAGCUGGUUGUAAAAUAAAACAAAGCUGUAUGUAUAAAGA